UUAUCUAUAUAUAUACUAUACUACAAGAUAUCAAGUACAAGAUACAUCAAAUAGAAAAAUAACUUCUUUUGUAUGCAAAAUGAACAAGAAGACUCUAUGCCUCCUCUUCCUUUCUCUCAUGUUGGCAACUACUUACGUUGUCGGUGCAAGAAUUCAUCGAAAUGGUAAGUCAAUCCACAACACGAAGAGUGAAGAAUGUCACAACUCUGGCAAGGCAAAAAGUAUGCAUAUUGAUCAUUUCAAGGCUCAUGAGAAAGAAUUAUUUUUAAAAGAUUUUGACCCGAGGCCAAGUGUUACUGCUUAUGUUGAUAAUCAAAACCCUGAAAAAAAGAAUCCAUUUGUGACAGAUUUUGAGCCGAGAUCUACUUAUGUUGGUAAUAAAAAAUUCCAAAAUAAAAUUCUUUUCUGGGAAAACAUUGAGCCAAGGCCCAGUGUCACAGCUUAUGUCGAUAAUCUAAAGUCUCAAGAAAAAAAGCCUUCCACGAAGGACUUUGAGUCGGAACCAAAUGGCGCAACAUAUAUGGAAGAUAUUAAAGCAGGAGCAGAUAAGAAAGUCUUCCAAGGAGAUUUUGAGCCAAGGCCGAGUGUUACAGCCUAUCUUGACUGAAGAUGAAAAUCUAUUAUUAGAAUCUGUGUGUAUUUUAUUAUUGGUUUGUGUGCAAAAAUAUCCAUCUAUAUGGAAUGGCGAAUUUAGGAUUUUGAAUU